ACAUACUUAAGGUUCUGGAUCCGGGUUCGAGUCGGGUCUGGACCCGGAUAUGUUUGGGAUUGAAAGGAAUGAAAAUCAAAGGGAGUGAGUGGGAUUUGAUUUGAUCAGGUGAUUGAGAAACCCAGUUUUCUUGUCUUCGUAGUUUUAUUGGUUUAAUGGCGAAAUCGGCGUCGAAUUCACUGGUGCAGACUCUGAAGCGCUACAUAAAGAAGCCAUGGGAGAUCACGGGUCCCUGCGCCGACCCUGAGUACAGAUCCGCUGUGCCCUUGGCCACCGAAUACCGCCUGCAGUGCCCAGCAACCACCAAGGAGAAACCCUGCAUCCCCAACUCCCUCCCCGAGACCGUCUACGAUAUCAAAUACUUCUCGCGCGACCAGCGCCGCAACCGCCCUCCCAUCCGCCGCACCGUUUUGAAGAAGGCUGAUGUCGAGAAGCUCGCCAAGGAGCAGACCUUCGCUGUCUCUGACUUUCCCCCCGUUUAUCUCAACUCCGCCGUCGAGGAGGACAUCAAUGCUAUCGGCGGCGGAUACCAGGGCUGACUCUCAGGUUUGUGCUCUUAAUGAGGACAUUAUUGGCCCAGUCAACUUUCUGUUUUUUUGUCAAUGGAAAAAAGAUCCUAUUAGUCUUUUAGCACCGGCCUGUGCGGCCGUCCAUUUUAAGGAGGCGUGUAAACAUUUGAUAUCAAUAAAGUGUAGCUGGCUGGGGUUAAGUUUAACUAUUUGUUUACUUUGUGAAUGUGGGAUAAAAAAGUAAAUUGAUUCAAUGACUUGAUAAUGGGUAAAUUGAAUACUUGCCCUCGAAAUUUCCUUGUUUAUUUUGAUUA